ACAAGUUGUCGUCUUCAUUCGCCUCGUCAAGAUGUUCUCCAAGGUCUUCGGCAUUGCUACGCUUGCCCUCGCGACGUUCGCCCCCGCGUCGCCGCUCGCACAACGUGGGGUCUCCGUUGACCCCGCCAUGGUAUGUCGUCCUUCUGCGCUUCAUAGGGCUGGCACGACGCUGACGCUUCUGUUGUGGUACACGCUCUCCUGAGAUGGCAUGCAGUAGCUCGACUCCUCUUCGGAAGGGCGUGCUCGUGAUCCAGCAGCACGACAACUUCGACGACCUGAACAACGGUGUUGGAAUUCACGCCGGGCAUCGUGCCCAUCCCCGAAGGGCGUCGUCUCUUCCCGAAUGGUAUAGAACAUUAUGGUAUUUUCCUGUUGACUCAUGACUCAUGUAACAGUAGUAUAUUAUGAGGGCUGAAGCCCGAAUCUCUAACGAAUCCAUCUUGUUUCCUUCCCCC